UGCAGCUGGGCACAUCCCGAGCAGGACGGAUCCGGCCUGCCAGGAAUCCUUUCCUUCAGGUGGAGGACACCGGCAAGCGCAAAGCCGGGCGUGCUGGCCGGCCCCAGCCUCGUGCUGCGGGCUUUGCCAGCAGGAAUUGAGAGCUUUUACAGCCCAGGGGAGCAGGAACGCCACUGAGGGCUGGAAUGGAGCGCCUGGCCUCCUUCAGCAAUGACCCCUUCGAUAAGCCUCCGUGCCGAGGCUGCUCCUCCUACCUCACGGAGCCCUACGUGAAGUGCGCCGAGUGUGGGCCGCCUCCCUUCCUCCUGUGCUUGCAGUGUUUCACGCGAGGAUUUGAAUAUAAGAAACAUCAGAGCGACCAUACUUACGAAAUAAUGACUUCAGAUUUCCCUGUCUUGGAUCCUAACUGGACAGCUCAAGAGGAAAUGGCUCUCCUAGAAGCUGUGAUGGACUGUGGAUUUGGGAACUGGCAGGAUGUAGCCAAUCAGAUGUGCACCAAAUCCAAGGAGGAGUGUGAGAAACACUACAUGAAACACUUCAUCAACAACCCCUUGUUUGCAUCCACGUUACUGAACCUGAAGCAGGCAGAAGAGGCGCAGCACAACGAAACAGCCAUUCCAUUCCACCCUGCUGAUGACCCUCCACGGCCUACGUUUGAUUCCUUGCUUUCCAGGGAUAUGGCUGGGUAUAUGCCAGCAAGAGCUGACUUUGUUGAGGAGUUUGAUAACUACGCUGAAUGGGAUUUGAGAGAUAUAGAUUUUGUAGAAGAUGAUUCUGAUAUUCUGCAUGCUCUGAAGAUUGCGGUUGUAGAUAUCUAUCAUUCCCGGUUAAAGGAAAGACAGAGGAGAAAAAAAAUUAUAAGAGAUCAUGGCUUAAUCAACCUCAGAAAAUUCCAGAUUCUGGAAAGACGGUACCCGAAGGAGGUUCAGGACCUGUAUGAGACGAUGCGGCGCUUUGCACGAAUUCUUGGGCCACUGGAGCACGACAAAUUCAUCGAGAGCCAUGCACUGGAGUUCGAGCUGCGAAGGGAAAUAAAGCGGCUGCAGGAGUACAGAGCAGCGGGAAUCACCAACUUCUGCAGUGCGAGAACGUACGACCACCUCAAGAAGACGCGGGACGAGGAGCGCCUGAAGCGCACCAUGCUCUCCGAAGUGCUGCAGUACAUCCAGGACAGCAGCGCCUGCCAGCAGUGGCUCAGCCGACAAGCUGACAUCGAUUCCGGCCUGAGUCCCACAGUACCAGUUGCUUCAAACUCAGGUAGGCGGAGUGCCCCACCACUGAACCUCACCGGCCUCCCAGGGACAGAGAAGCUCAACGAGAAGGAGAAAGAGCUCUGUCAGAUGGUGAGGUUGGUCCCUGGAGCCUAUUUGGAAUAUAAAGCUGCUUUAGUGAACGAGUGCAACAAACAAGGAGGGCUGCGGCUAGCGCAGGCCAGAGCGCUCAUCAAGAUCGACGUGAACAAAACCCGCAAAAUCUACGACUUCCUUAUCAGGGAAGGCUACAUCACGAAAGCCUGAGGACGGGCGCGAGCACCGCGAUGGAGCAGCCACACGUGGAGAGGCUUUGAAGUCACUCUGACAGCGCUGGAAGAUUUUAACGGUGUUUGAAUCAAGGAUGCUUCCUCCUGGUUAAAAUCUUUUGGAGCUUUUUUCGCAAAAGCAAGUAGGGAGCUUUGUUAAAUCGUACAAAUACUGACAUUUCUUUGUCUGGUUUCCUUUCGACCGUGCUGUUUUAACACUGCUGUUGUCAGAAUUCUGCUGCCGUGUAGCAGAAGAAAGAACUGUAUGCCACGUGAGCCCAUCUGUAGCGUGACCGGGCAGCGUUUCUAACGCCUGCUGCAGCUCACGGAGCUUCCAUCCUGACAGCGCUGCAGAAGCAGGGCAGCAGAGCGGCGGUGCUGGGCGAGGGACGGGGACAGGAACGCGGCCCCCUCCCUCCCGCGCUCCUGUCUCAACCAGCAUCGGCUUGCGAAGGAGACCGCGCCUGCCUGAGGCUGUAAAAAUAGAGCUUGCAAUUGUCCAAUCUUUUUAACUUAAUUGUGAUUAGGGAUGGGAACGGGCAUUGCAGGGAGGCUCCCCAGCAGGUGUUACGUGGUUUUAGUGCCUGUCACAGCACGGGAGCACGGUCCCAACCCCCAGGCUGCCCCACUGCCGCGGGCAAGCUGAGCUGCCCAGAGCCCCUCUUCCCACGUGCCUGCUCCAUCAGGCGCAAAAGCAGAGCAGCCCUUCGGAACACAAAGAGAACAGUCCUCGGCGCCCGGACCCUUCUUGCACAGGGGAGAGAAGCGGAGGCAGCCGCAGACCCCGGCCCCUCCGUGUGCGGAGGCUCCUUGCAGCCCCACACGUUAUCAGAACAUUCCCGGUUCUCCAAGAGAGCAGCCAUCAGAGGCAACAAGGCACUACAGCCAACACUCA